GCGGGUAAUCUGAGGUCGCAAUUUUCAAGUGUCCUGCCUUUUCAAUGUGCUGCCUCGCUUUAUCUCCUUGUGAAUUAUACUUUCCCGGCUUCCCGCCGAAAAAAUGAAACUCAAACAUGGCCGAUAGUUCAAAAAAUUCAUCUCUGGUUCUCCGACACUGUAAAUACGGCAAACAAUGCUACAGAAAGAACAAAAGUCAUUUUAAAGAAUUUUUCCAUGUAGAAAAAACUGGAGAGCAGAACGAUGCCAGCUGCGAUGCGCCCUCGGAACCAUUGAGCAAGAAAAGGAAAGUCACAACAUCACCCGAAAAUGAUGGUAAAGAAUCUUACACCCAAGAAAACUCUAAACAUGAUUUUAUCAAAGAAAAAUUUGGUAUAAAUAUGCCUCAGGAUUUCUAUGAUCUUUGGGAACUCUGUAAAGAAUGGAAUCCACACAAACCUCAAGUUGUACACUUCAGAUGCACUCAGGGCGUAAAUCUUGAACUGGUUGGUCCCUAUGAUGUAUUGAUGGACAGGAAAUUCAAAACAAGGGAUGAAAACGAAGGACUUUGUCUCCACUACAGAUAUUUCUAUGACCCUCCUGAAUUUGUUACAGUUUUGAAAGGUGAUGACUCUCUUGGGUUUCAUAUUGGCUACUAUUGUGAUCAUCCAGGUGAUAAACCAGUCUUGUUAGCUUCCAAUGAGGCAAAAAAGAGUUACGAGUUCAAAGUUCUUGGUGAUAACAUAUUUGCUGCUAUAAGCAAUAGUAUUAAAACUGCAAGCAAAGCAAGAGGCAAAAAGAAAGCAGCGGAUAUACAAGCAAAAAUUAAAUUCAAAGCUCAAGAAAGAAAUUUGAAUUUGGACAAAAAUACUUUGCCCAUGAAGGCUAGGAAUAGUAAAGUUGUUGCAAAAACAUUUCAUAAGAUGGGAAUUGUGGUCCCGGUUGAUGACAUGGGAGUUGGCUAUCGAGAUCUCCAAAUUUCAAAUGCUGAAUUGAAAUCAAUGUUGACCAACAUUGUUGAUGGAAACAGACGUGAGUCACUUUUAGAUGAAUUGCAAGAUAUUAUCACACGUAUUCAAUUUGCCAAUGAUGAGUGUGAUUAUGGAAUGGGUCUAGAACUGGGCUUGGAUCUCUUUUUGUUUGGUCAUGAAUUAUUUGAGAGAAAAGCCUCGAUGUUAUUGACAUUGGCCUAUGAAUUACUUGGCAAGUCAUUCUUUGGAAAUUGUGCGAAGAGCACAUCAAAAAACGCAACAAAAGUACAUUGUAUAUAA